AUCAAGGAAGAUCACGGGAUGACUCACAUGGCCAGGUUCAUUGCGCACCAAAAAGGCGAGCGCUCAUGACUCGCCUUUCUCUGCCUCGUUUUCUCCCGCCAUCCUCUCUGUCUUCCUCCCCUCCUCCUAAAUGCCAAGCGUACAGUUACCUUACCCCAUUACUCAAUGACAUUUUUAUGUGUCCCAAAUUUCCACGAAAUCCUUUGUUAUUUUUCUUCGAAAUAUAUUGAAUUUCUCUCAAUCCAAGACCCAUUUGUUCUGCCCAGCAUUUCCAUCUGCAGUGCAAAACCUCAGGCCCAAUAACGAUAAAUAUGGCUGCCUACUGUUCUUUGGAGGAUCAUCUGACAAGAUUCAAGAAUGUCUGAAUUUGGUAUUGCUUAUUUUAAUAGGAUAUAAGGCCCUAUUCAGUUCAUAGAGACUAUUAUCGGAUCAUGGGUUCACAGGAUCCUGUUCCGGCGGCUGACAAGGCUAAUGUAACGGAGGCCUCAGUGCGCGGAUGACCCAUGAGAAGAAUGAGCUCAGAGAGGAGGAUAAUUCUGCUGACACAAAGUCUCCUGCUGACGAUCGCCAAUGGCUUACUUAUUGGAUUUAAUUUGUAUUCUCUGAUUACGCUGUCUGAACUGACAACCAUUGCCAAAGCCAUUGAGUGCAUCCCCAAACCCUAAAUUCCCUUUUGCCUCAAUUUUGCUUUCCAAUAUCAUGGCCGCUGCCGUUGAGCUCACCUCGGGUCAAGACCAUGCCUUGACGAUGGCUUCAUGCCAGGAUGAGCUCCUUGCCAAGACAUCAAAGAUCAAGAAAUCUCUGCGCAAGGUAUGGGAGAUGGAGAGGUCUCUGGGCGAACUGCGCCGGAUAUGGGAGAUGGAGAAUUAUCAGGGCGAACUGGGGGAGAACGAGAAUUAUCUAGCCCCGAUUUUGGCCAAGCAAAUCCAACUGCUCGAUUUGAAGAAAUUAAUAUCGAAUGAGCUUCGCCUACUACGCCCCAGUAGGGCCGGCAGUGGGGCCGUUCAUCCUUACACAAGCUUGCCCAUGGAGGGGAUGACAGUAAAUCCAGGGGAAGAUAGAUCUGUGUUUUUAAUGGUAAAUUUCGUUAGGGGCGAAUACAGCGGUGCCAUAUAUGAAGUUAAAUUCAGAUUUGGAGGAGAAGUUAAUGAUCUAGGCGGAGGAGGAGCAACUAAACGUGUAGCCACAUUCAGUGGUUUUAACGUUCAGGGUGCAAGAAUUUUCGACCGCGACCAACUUUAUGUAUUUACACAGGAGGGUUGGGAUAAACCCUACGUUAGGUCAUUUGCAGGGCAUAUCUUUCAUACGAAAACUGGGGCAUUAGAUCCCUUCCCACCUUCUAAAGUACAGUUUAAGCCGCGUGGAACAUUUGUGUCGGCAUAUGGCACACUUUAUUUUCUUGAAUCAAAAUUUCCCUUCGAACGAAGUCGGAGUCUAGGUUUUGGGAAAUACAAUCCUGAUAAGAAGGAUUGGGUGCGACUGCCUUUGUUUCCAUUUUGUUAUCCAUUUAUCAUGAGCGUAACUGGUUAUGCCGUCUGUUAUGGCGUUAUUUUGUAUGCGUUGUCUGACAUGCAACAAAACUUGGAUGUCGUUGCUUUUCACGUGGCUAGAAAUAAUUGGAAACGAGUGAAAGUUGACACUUAUACUCAUUUUCGAGGGAGGGCCGUGGUUGUAGGCGACACUAUAUAUGCCUUAAAUCAUUUUAGUGUGGCGGAGAUUAUAGCAUACUCCUUGAGGAGGAAGGUAGAUGAUGACGGUGAUAUUACAUAUUCACUAGUGCAAUUGUCAAAAUUGAAUGGCCUUGAGAUUGCAGAUCCGCCUUUGCAAUUUGAUGAACUUGUGAGUGACUAUUUGGUUCAUCUGGGGAACCAAGAUUUCGUUCAUGUUAAGACUGCCACUAACGAAGAAUGUGAUGAGGUUCAACAUCUUUGUAUCACCACGUUUCAAAUUGUUCAAGAAGAAAGUAGACAUAUGAUCGAGACAUUACAUUCAACAGUCCUUCCUGUGGAUAUUGAGGCCAAUAGUUGGUUCACGCUUAUGUUCGGCUUUGCUCCAGAAUGUGCGGAUUAUGAACCCGUAGAAGGGGAGACUGCUCCAAGAAUGGAGCAGCCAAAAGAAGAAGAUGAAAUCCCUCUGGAUGAGAGUUCUUUUAUGUGGGAGGAAGAAGCCAAGCUGGAAAUAGCCUCAAUGCAGCAUGAAAAAGCCAACCAGAAAGAUGCAAACGGAAUAAACAAAAACAGAAGACAAAAAGAGAAAAAGAAAAAGCGGAUGGAAGGAGGGAUUACAGGUAGAGGCAGUAGAAAACAAUCUGUUAUUAUUAAGUACCUGGAGCAGAGAUAUUUUUAUUGA